UGCUUUGACUCUGGAUGCUACUGCAGAGGCAGGGUUGCCAGCAAUGUCUCAGCCUGCAUUGCUGCUUUCCAGAGCCACAGAGCCGUUCCGCUGAGACAGUGUACCUAGCCAGAAAGAUUUAGGGGAGGCUGUUUCCUAAAAGAGUGAUAGCUGAAUGGAGAAAACCAAAUUAAAAAAGAGCUGUUUGGCCGCAUUCCUCCAAUGACUAGCAUAAUUGUACAGUGCAGAGAGAGUCAGCCUGUAGGAAGUUAGGGCAAGGGGGAGGGGGCAUUGUCAUCUUUGAAGAGUCAUUUGGAGCAGUUCAGUUGGGCAUUAAAGUUUGUGUGGGAGUGUUUUCCCUUUGUCAAUAAUUAAUCAUUAGGCUCAGCCUAACAGGAGCUGGUUCUAAGCAAUAGAGGCUGGGGUGGAGCUGUAAGAAUCCUAGCUCAGAGACGGUCAGCAGCGCUCUAUGCAGUGAGGAGUCACACAGCUCAGCAGAUACAGCUCACCCUACCCAGAACAAGAGGAACAGCCACAGAAGGGAAAUUGCAGCUUCAUCUAUAUUUUACAGAGGAAAGAAAUCUAUUUUUAAGAGAACUCCCAACAUUCUGGAAAUUUUUCCACCAAAGGACGCUAUUAAUUCACCCAGCAUAUUCUAAGGUUAUUCUUCCAGAACCAGAACAAAAUGGAUUUUAAGAGGGUGAAGGACUACAUUUACUGGCUUUACUAUCAAUACCUCAUUAUUACCUGUUGCUCUGUCUUGGAACCAUGGGAACAAUCCAUGUUCAACACCAUUUUUUUCACCAUUGUUGCCAUGGUGAUAUACACAGCCUACGUCUUCAUUCCGAUCCACAUCCGUCUGGCUUUGGAGUUCUUCUCAGAACUAUUUGGAAAUCAAAGUACAACCUCGGUUUCAAACUGACUUUACCUAAACGAAGUGGCCCCAGCAUCCUGAACCCUAUGAAUUCCCAAUGCAAAGUUGAAUAUUGCUUAAUAACGAGCUCAUUGUUGCAAAAAAUUGUGCCUCUGACCUGAAAAGCAGAAUUUUCUCUAAGUAUUGCUGUGCAAUUGUUGUGUUUUUUUAAUAAGAUGCAUAUCUCCUUAUGUUCUGGUGAAAAUCCACUCUAUGCACUUCAUUCAUUCAUUCAUUCAAUAGUAUUUAUUGAGCGCUUACUAUGUGCACAGCACUGUAC